CGACAAGUUUUCUUUGUAACCUCAAGGACAUCAGAUGCCUCAGUUGAAAUUGAAGUUCAGCAGUUGCGAUACAAGGACAGCUCUAAGCAACACUUCAUCUCGGUACGUUCAUCCAAGCAUCAAGCAUCAUCUCAAGCAUCCACUACGGCAGAUCUCGAAAUUUACAAAGAAACGUGUGGUGGAUGAGGACUCCUCACUCAUACCAUUAAUAAAGGAGGUGGAGGCUGAAUUGGACUUUGUACAACUCGUCAACAAACCUCUACCCAAGCCAUGGGUGCCGCUGCGAGAGUUGGAGGAGGAUCAACCAUACCGCAUCGUCGCGGUGAGGGAGCACACAAACCAGCACGGGCGACGUAUAAUUUUAAAAAUAAUCAAUGCAGGAAGCAAAUGCGAGGUGUAUCUGCCUCAAAGAUUCGCUUCCUGCAUUGAUGCGGGAAAAAUACGCCAUUUCAACGAAACUUGUAAAAAUUAUGUGUUAGUAGUAACACAUAAGUGUCCAAAUUGGACAGAUAUAAAAAUUGUUAAAGCUUAACAAUUUUUAUAUCUGUAUACAAUUCGUUCACUUUUGUGUUACGAAUUGUAUAGAUGUAUGUGAAUAGUUGAAUAGUUGAAUAAAAUGUUUGCAUAUUUGAUAAAAAA